AUGGCCAGCGAGCCGGACUCCAACCUCCAUUCCAACCCGCAGAACGCGUCGAUGCCGCCGCACCCGAACCCCCCCAGCAUCGAAGCAGCCUACAAGCGCAAAUGCAUCGCGCUGAAGAAAAGACUGAACGAGGUCGAGGCUCACAAUGAAGCGAUGCGUCUGCGGAAUGCGCAGGGAAUCAGAUAUAUACAGAAAAUGCGCCUGGAGUCGUGCAUGAUCCUGGAACGGCUCUCCGUGCUCAUGGGCAUGGCUGACGGCAGCGGCAGACAGGGAGAAUCAGAGGUUACGGGGCGUGCAGUGGCGUUAAUGAGGGAGUCUGGCCAUUUGCUAGACGAAGAGCGCUCGAGGUCCGGGCAGAAGCGAUCUGGAGAGGACCUGGAUGCGUUGGGCGAAGAGAGUGAUGGUAGCUCUGGUCACCAUCCGCCUACAGAACGUCCGCUACGACCAAAACGAAGCCGCAAGAGUGACGAGAGACCCGCGGGCCACGGCGCCGGCGAUAGUACCAAUAUCAACGAUGCUGGCAAUAGCAAUAGCAACAUGGACUCAGUUAGCACAACCUUUCCUAUUUCAAGCUACCCUCCGUCUACAUACUCAACGCCCUUGCAACAUGAACCCCCUAUCCUCCCCCUUCCACGUGUGACACCGUGCCCGGGUUACCGCGGCCCUCCGCUUCCUCCUACACCCAUUCCUACUCCUCUACCUUAUCCUCAUCUUUCUUUUCGAUCAGCUCUAGGGCACUACCAUUUCAAUAUUCCACAUCUACAAGAAUGUCUGGACGCAAUUGAACAACGUGGCAAUCGCUCUGGGCCUCUAUUAACCCCCAUCAACACGUAUACCCCGACUCAUACCCCGGCUAUUACUCCUCCUAGAACAGCAUCCUCUUAUAACAGCAAUACAACUCCAACUCCAACUCCAACCACCCAACAAUAUACAGCAGUGCAUCGGCCAACUGACUCAUACGCUAUGCAGGUUGACCACCACCAUACUAGCAGCGCGAACCCAUCCGCCAACGAUCUCAGCAGCUUCCCCCCUGCCACCUCGGGACGGGAACCCCCUCAUCGAUAUGUAUCCGCCUUUGAGGCCUUCACUAACUAUAAGAGAGCCAGCUUAACCGAAGCAUUGGUCCGGUCAUACGGUCAGAGAGUUACUGACGAGGACAUCGACCGUGCUUUGGUCAAAGAGUGGGAUGCUCUAGACCCAGCUAAAAAAAGGGAAUUCGGCGAAAGACUUGAAAAGGAAAAUGGCGUCUAA